AUGCUGGGAGUGGGAGUCCCGGGUGGGGUGGGGGGAGCCGAGAAAGAUGUCCGAGGUGCGGCUGCCCCCGGUGCGGGCGCUGGAGGACUUCCUGCUGGGCUCCAGCCGCCUGGCCUUCCCGGACGUCCGCGACGGGCAGCGCUGGCACAACCGCGUGGUCAACAACCUCCUCUACUACCAGAGCAACUACCUCCUGGCGCUGGGCGCGGGGCUGGCGCUGGGCGGGUAUUUUUGCCCUGGGCUGACGCUGUUGAGUGGCACACUUGUCACGCUGAUCUUCGUGGGCUUCGUUUGGGCAGCUGAAAACAAGGCUCCUCUCCGACGCUUCCGGAGGAAUUACCCUGGCACUUGCUUCUUUGCCGUCCUUGGCUUGGCAUACUUCCUGGUGUCUCUCUUGGAAGGCUCUGCCACCUUCUUGGUUUUCAUCGCUCUACCCAUCAUGCUGAUCCUCAUCCACGCUUCUCUACGUCUCCGCAACCUCAAGAACAAGAUAGAGAACAAAAUGGAGAGCAUCGGACUCAAGCGCACACCCAUGGGGCUGCUCCUGGAAGCUCUUGGGCAGGAACAGGAAGCUGGAUCUUAGACCAUCACCAGGGUUGCAUUACCUACCAUCUUUUCCUUCCUUCCAAUGGACUGAUGACUCUUUCCACCCCAGCUCCUUUGCUUUCCAAUUUGCACAACUCUGUUGAAGAGCCUGGCUAUGAGCUGAUGCAAAAAGACAGUAUUUUCUGGACUUGCAACUGGUGGGACCUCCAAGUAGUGAUUGUUGGGGACCAAUAGAAGAACGAAACAAACAGGGUUGACAUCAAGUCAGUAUUUCUAACCAAUAAUGUGUUUUAAUUCUUGGGACUGUUUUUCCUGGUUGCACUAAGGGACUCAUCACACUAGAGAAAAAAUCAAUUUAAAAUCCAGUUUCUGCCUCCUGGAGAAUUCUGGGGUUUGUAGUUUAAGGAAGAGCCUUUAACAGCCUCACUACAAUCCCCAGAAUUCUGCAGGAGGCAAAAACCAGAUUUAAAGUGGAUUUUUUCUCCAGUAUGAUGAAGUCUUUAGAGACAUAAGAUAGAGUGAGUAUGAAGUAAGAUCAAUGAAUUACAACUACAUGUUUUUUUCUAAAUCCUGACUAAAUAUUAGUCUGUUGAAUUUUUAGAUGUGUGAUUGCAAAAAGAAGGAAAUGGAAUUGUAGAGCAAAAUCAGCAGAUGAAAAGGCGGCCUAGUUCUAGUUGUCCAAGGAAGCUUGUCUUGUAGAAUAGUACUUCCUUGCAUUUCUAUUCCACUUUCCAGUACUUUAUAUGCAGUAUUACUGUACUGCUUACAGAAACCUUAUCAUUUAGAUUGUGUCUUGAUUUCAUAUUGCAAUGAAAGGCUUGACUUGGUUCAACCAACAUAGUCGUGGUAGCGGUAAGACUUAAAUGAGGGCUCCAUUCUUAUCUACCGUAUAUUCCGGGGUACUAGAUGACUUUUUAGGCAUGUAAAACCUUAUAAAAUUUUAUAAAAGUAUGCCGGGUAUAAAAUUAAAAUAAUAAUAAAAUUACUUAAUAUGGCUGCCUUGGCCUCGGGCUCCCCUCCUCCUCCUCCUCCUCGGCUCAUGGCGGCCUCCUGGGCAGGCUCCCUGUCCUUCCUCCCUUCCUGGUUGCCUUCCUUUCACAGGCCCAGGCCUCUCCUUUGUUGGCGGCCGGGCCCCCAAGCUGCUUCCUGUGCUGCUCAGACCGCUCUCCUUCUUCUUGUCCAUGCCUUGCGAGAAGUGCC